AUGUGUGCAUCGUUGACACGAAACCUCUGGCAUGUUAUGAGGCCCGCGUCAACCGUAUGCACGCGCCGGGCCCCGCCAACAUCCAGACCCAAAGUUGCGGCCUUCUCGACGUCACCGGCUCAAAGCAUCAUGGAGACAACCGGCUUCACAGAAAACCAACUCACUGUCCGCGAAGCAAUCGGCCAGGUGUGCUCCGAGUUUCCCAACACUUACUGGCAAGAACACGACCAAAAUGAGCAAGACCCGAAGGAGUUUCACGCGGCGCUCGCAGAGAAUGGAUGGCUCGGCAUCGCCCUCCCGGAAUCCCUCGGCGGUUCCGGCCUCGGCAUCUCCGAGGCGACCAUGAUGAUGCAGACUAUCAGCGAGUCCGGUGCGGGCAUGGCUGGCGCACAAUCCAUCCACGCCAACGUCUAUGCGACGCAGCCCCUGGCCAAGUUCGGCACGAGGGAGCAACUCGAGGGCACGAUACCCAAGAUCAUCUCCGGUGAGUGGCGGACGUGUUUCGGCGUUACUGAGCCCAACUCUGGACUUGAUACCCUACGCCUCGCGACAAUGGCCAAGAAGCAGUCUGACGGGUCGUAUGUUGUCACCGGACAGAAAAUUUGGAUCACUUGCGCCCAAGUCGCUUCCAAGAUGAUCCUUCUCGCGCGCACAAAGGCAUACGAAGACUGCAGCAAACCGAGCGAAGGCCUGUCGCUCUUUUGCAUCGACCUCGACAAGUCGCAGCCGGGCCUCGACAUGCGCAAGAUCAAGAAGAUGGGCGGACGCGCCGUCGACGCCAACGAGGUGUUCUUUGACAGCUACCACAUACCUGCUACUUCUCUCAUUGGCCAGGAGGGCCAAGGCUUCAAGAUUAUCCUCCACGGCAUGAAUGCCGAGCGGUGCCUCUUGGCCGGCGAGGCUCUGGGUCUAGGCUACGCCGCCAUUGCUAAGGCAUCCGCGUACGCGCGGGAUCGCGUUGUGUUCAACAGGCCCAUUGGCCAGAACCAGUCGAUCGCGCACCCGUUGGCGGAUGCGUACAUGAAGCUGGAGGCGGCCAAGUUGGCGACCUACCACGCCGCGAGGUUGUACGAUGCCAGCCGGGACGACCCAUGCAUCCGCCAGGACCAGGUUGGCGUCGCGGCCAACAGCGCUAAAUAUGUGGCGGCGGAGGCGGCGUUCACAGCCUGCGAGCGUGCGGUGCUCACACACGGUGGUAUGGGUUAUGCUGCCGAGUACGAUGUCGAAAGAUAUCUCCGUGAAAUCUUUGUUCCCAGGAUCGCGCCCGUCUCUCGUGAGAUGAUCUUAUCUUACAUCAGCGAGAAAGUCCUCCAACUGCCGCGGAGCUACUAG